GAAUUUCCGAGUUUUUUCUGCCGACGAUUUUCCGUCCGGAAUUCCCUCUGGGAAACAAAAUUCCCGGGAUUUUGCAGGAGGAAAUCUGGGAAUGGCAGGAAGCCGCCAGCCAGGUCCUGGUGGAGCUCGGGAAGAAAUUCCUGAACAAAGUCAUGGAAGAGGUGCUGGGAAAAUUCCAGCCGGGAAUUCUGCCCCAUCCCGCCGUGCUCCGAACCUUCGGAAACCUCGCCGCAGCCAACGUUUUCGGGAUGGUUCCGUUCCUGAAUUCCAUCCUGGGAACGCUGCUGCCGAUGCUGGGAAUGGCCCGGGCGGAUUCCAUGAAAUCCACGCUCUGCUUCGGAGAGGUGCGUUUGGCCGUGGUGGAAGCCCUGGGCCCCAUGAGCUCCUUAAUUCCCAAGGAAAAGCUGGAAGAGCAACUCCCAAAAAUCCUGCCGGGAAUUCUCGGCCUCUACAAGAAACACCCGGAGCCUUUUCCCAUCUCCAAGAGCCUCUGCCAGAUUCUGGAAUCUUCCGUGGGAAUCGGGAGCCGGAGCUUGGAAGCGCAGCUGGAAUCGCUCCUGGGAACGCUGCUGGCCCAGAUUUGCGCUCCGGCCGAUCCCAACAUUCCCACAAACGCCAAGAACCACACGGAGCUCCUGCGCUGCUUCUCCGUCCUGGCUUUCCCUUUCCCGGAUCGGCUCCUGCUUUUCCUGCUCCCCAAAUUGGAGAGCGGCUCCGAGCGGCUCCGCGUGGGAUCCCUGCUCGUCCUGCGCCACCUCCUCAACAGCGCCCCUUCCCAGAUGGAAAUCAAGAAACUCACCAUCCUCUCUUCCAUGAAACUCCCGCUGCAGGACGGAAGCAACAAGGUGAAGCGUGCUCUGGUGCAGCUGAUCAGUGCCAUGGCUCACCACGGAUUCCUGGAGCAGCCGGCUGGGGAAGCUCUCCUGGAAUUCCUGAUCCGUCAGUGCGCCCUGCCCAUGGAUGAG